AUGCUGCUCCAGGGGAAGCGCGCCCUCGUCGUGGGGCUCAUGAACAAGCACUCGCUGGCCACGGGGGUCACGCAGGCGCUGCUCUCCGCGGGCGCCAGCGUCGUGGUGUCGUCCAAGACGCCGCUGAGUGAGAGCCACGUCAAGAGCUGCGCCUUCCGAGUGCCCGACGCCUCGGCCCUGCACUUCGCGCCGUGCGACGUCGAGAGCGACGCGAGCGUCGAGCAGCUGCUGCAGCGCUGCGGCGAAGUCUUCGACGGGCAGCUGGACGUGCUCGUGCACUCGGUGGCCUUCGCCCCGCGCGAGGCCUUCACCAAUGGACUGCUGGACACGCCGCGCGCCGCGUGGACGCAGGCCAUGGACGUCAGCGCCUACAGUUUGGUGGCGCUAGCCAGAGCCGCAAGGCCCCUGAUGGUCAACGGCAACGAGGAAGACGGGAGAGGAGACCGCAGCGUGCUGGCGCUGACGUACGCGGGAUCGACCAAGGUGGUGCCCAACUACAACGUGAUGGGGCCGGCCAAGGCGGCGCUCGAGGCGACGGCGAGGCAGCUGGCGCAUGAGCUUGGACCUGACGGCAUCCGCGUCAACUGCCUCAGCCCAGGACCCAUGAACACCGUGUCGGCGCGGGGGAUUCCUGGAAUUUCGAAAAUGAGGAAGUACGCGGAGGAGCACGCCCCCUUGCGGCGUAACAGCUCGAUGGGAGAUGUGGGGUCCGUCGCAGCGUUCUUGUCGAGCGACCUUGCUGCGGCAGUCACGGGUCAGACCAUUUAUGGUGAGAGCACCUCCUGA